AUGAAUAAACCAAUUUUAUUCAUCGUUGGGACCCUGUUGGCGGUCUUUGUCGUUGUCCAUUGCCAGCAUAAGGGGUCAAGAGUUAUGGUGAUUAGACCUCAGGCUCGCCCAAUGUACAAUAUGUACAGGCCAAUAGCCAAUGCCGCUCAGUCCUCAUCCUUCUCUCAGCAAGACGGAUAUCUGUAUGCCCUCGCCAUUAAUCAACAGUAUACACAAGCCAAUGAAGCACAGAAUCUUUUGAGGACUGUUCAGGCCAUCAGACAAGCAACUUACGACACUAGAUUAGGAGGCUUGCUAAACCUUGCCUUCACCGUGGCGUUGAGUUUGCUGGCUACUAACUCCACUGGAGCUGUUGCUGGUUAAGACAUUUAUUUGAUUUGUCGAAUCUAAUUUUAUUAUAAGGGAUGGGCGACCAAAGUAACUGCGUGAUG